AUGGCUAGGCAGGCGAAACAAGAUAGGCUUCCAACUAGAGUGGAGAUGAGGAAAAGAGGGAUGAAACUUCAAGAUGUGUUAUGCCCGCUAUGCGGCGAUGGUUCGGAGUCGUCGUGUCAUCUUUUCACGGCGUGUUCUUUUGCUAUGGAAGUUUGGGCGCGGGUGGCUAGUUGGUGUAAAUUGGCUUCCAUUUAUGCUUUCGAAGUAAGAGAUCUUCUUUUGCUUCCGAAAGACUUGAAGAUGAGAAAACAGAAGACGAGGACAAUGCACGGGAUUAUCCUAACUACACUUUGGAAUAUAUUGAUUGCUAGAAACGAGUCGAUUUUUCAAUGGAAGACCAAUAAAGUUGUGGAUGUCGUGGCAAAGAUAAAAGCGUCUUCAUUCUUUUAG